AAAACGUGACCAAUGAUCACUUGACGAAGAUGGUCCUGAUGCGCUCUUUUGUGAUUUGUUUACAUAUACAAGUGCGGCACAAAAAAAAAUUCACCACACUAACUUCGCAUUAUUAGAUUUUUUCUUUGUGUGUGAAGGCUUAGAACAGUUCAUUUGAUGUUAAAUUCAUGAAUAAUAGAAAACUGGGAAUUAAUAUUAAAUCAAACAUUGAUUGUUCAUAACGUGUAAACGCAAACAAGUUCUCUUUAUGUGAAUAAAAAAGAACUUUCAAUUUCUUUGACGAAAAAGGAAAAAAAAACACAACACCAAGGUUUUCAAUUUCCUUUGUGCAACAUCUAUAUUUUUAAAGUGAGUGCAUAAUUAAUUUAUUAUUUCUUUUUCUCUUUAGUGGACAGACAGGUUCUUGAACGUUUAAAAAUGUCCUUGUCGAAGACCGAUACUGAUCUUGAUCAAGAAAAAUAUUUACGUGAGGCUACGCGUCAUUUUUAUGGUAUAGAAAAACCUUUAAAAUACGGACCUUCGGUGGAAACGUUAAACGAUUUAAUUCAAGCCCUAUAUGCAGAAUUCUCCACAAAUUAUGUCAACAUUGAAAUGGUAAAUCAUUUAAUGCUUUCAUAUAAAUCGAAUCCAAAGGAAUGGCAAAAAUUUGCCAAAUUUGAUCGCUAUAAAUAUACAAGAAAUCUAGUCGACACGGGUAAUGGUAAAUUUAAUUUAAUGAUAUUAUGCUGGGGUGAAGGUCACGGUUCUACUAUUCACGAUCAUUCGGAUUCGCAUUGCUUCAUGAAAAUGCUUAAAGGUGAACUAAGAGAAAUUCGAUACGCCAUGCCAACCACAACGACAACUGGUACAGCUGCGGAAGGAAAUACGAGCAAUACAACAAGUAUGGAAAGUGAUUUGGAAAGACAGGAAUCUUUAGAUGAAAUUGGUCAGAGAACCAUGUCUUUAAAUGAUGUCGCUUAUAUAAAUGAUAACUUGGGAUUGCAUCGUGUAGAAAAUACUUCGCAUUCGGACACUGCAGUUUCAUUACAUUUAUAUUGUCCGCCAUUUGAUAGUUGUUCGGUAUUUGAAAAAAAUUCAGGCCAAAGAGUGAAAUGUACUAUGACAUUCUGGAGCAAACAUGGUCAAAAAGUUACUUAUGAUAAAUAAUUUGUUACAAAAUAUUUUUAAUGUACAUACAAUCUUUCCUAGGGAUAAGCAUCGCAAUUGAUAUUUUAAAAUUACAUAUAAGAAAUAAAACCUAAAUUAAUAAUAAAGAA